UGAAUAUUAUUUCGGUGAAGUGGCGGGAUCGACUUUUAUUUUUUUUUCUUAUAAAAAAAUCCCGUUUCAUAAGAACUCCCAUACACCUACGCAAGUAACCGUCGACGAAAAACAGAGCAUAUCGCGGCUUCAAUCCCGAGAACAUAUUUGAUUUUGCUAACCAUUUAAAAUCUCAUUUCUGUAACAAUUAUAAGUGGACUUUACUUCCCAUCUUCUAAUCUGAAUUUUCUGUUGAAUUUCAUGAAAAGUUCGAAUUCUGUUACAGUUUUCUUUUUUAAUCUCGGUAACCCACAAUCGCUAUAACUUCUGUUGUUGUUGUUGUUGUGACCACUUUGUGUAAAAAGAAAAUAAUAUAGUUGAAAAAAGUAUAACUAGUAUGAAACGUCGACGCAAAUUGUGUGCCAAAGAAGGAGCAGUGGAGGUUUCUGAUGAUAUUGUGAUCAACAUACUGCAUUGUUUGCCUUCAAAAUCUCUAGCAAGGUUUAAAUGUGUAUCCAAAUGUUGGCUGAAGUACAUUGCUGAUUCAUCCCUGAGUUAUAGUUGUCGUUAUCGAAGAUGGAGGCCUCAACCCUAUCUAAUUGGCUUCUUUUAUCAAGCUAGGGAUACCUGUGAACGAUCGAAAAUUCAGUUCUUCUUCUCAUCUGAGGAAUCAGCAUUAGAUAUUGAUGGUAGUUUUGAUCAAUCAGUCAGUUUUCUAGGCAGGAGCGCGUAUAUAGUUGCAUCAUCUAAUGGUUUUCUCCUUUGCAAUAAGCAGAGGGCUUAUUAUGUUUAUAAUCCUGCUACGAGGCAGAGUAUGGCUCUCCCUAAAACUCAAAUCGGCAUGAAUGAUCCAACUAUUGGGUUUAUUUGUAAGGUAGAUAACCCUAAUAGAGAUGUUAUCUCCUUCACUAUAGUUCGUUAUUGGAUUUUACAAUCCAAUGUGACAAUUGAGAGCUUCUCUUCUGAGACGAAUGUGUGGAUUGUGGAUAAUCUAAUUCUCAGCGUACCUCUUAGACUGUAUUUUUUCGUUUAUAUGAAAUCACCAUCAGCUGGUGCAAUCGACGGAGUGUUCUUUUGGCUUGAUCAAGGGCCACAAAUCACUGUUUAUGAUAGUGUCCAUAAGAGCUUCUGGGCAUUGGAAUUUCCUGAAGAAAUGGUUGCUACAGGCAAUUAUUUUCUCGGAUUUUCAGGUGGGGAUUUCUAUUUUGCAUUGUAUGUGAAGACAAAUAUUACUGUGUGGCAACUCAAGAGCAAUAUUCGUAGUCGUGAUGCACUGUGGGUUAGGAAGUAUGUCACGGAUGUCGCGACUACAGUUCCUUUUGGACUUACAGGAUUUCUACAUACUGAGGUGCAGAACAUGGACAUUCAUCCUGCUAUUCCUCACAUCUUUUAUUUGGAUGUAAAAGGUAAGGUUAUUUCUUAUGACAUGGAAACAGAUUUUGCAGAACUUGUGCAUGAUUUUGGAGAAUAUGGGUGGAGAACUAAACACUUCAAAUUAUUUUCUUAUGAGUGGCAUCAAUGGCCGCGCAUUCUGUAGAUUGUCAAGUUUGAGUUGCCCAUUGUUUCUUCUAAUAACAUUCAUUUGUUGAGUAUCCUAUUUACUUAUUACUUAGAUGUAUAUACUAACUUUUAUGGAUUUCCAUUUCAUUAUCUGGUUUUCAAAGCUCAACGAAUUACAAAGUUAUAUCAUGCACGAAUACUUAUCUUGCUAUGAAGUAAGCUAGAAAUAAAUAGUCACAUUAAUUUCCAGAAGAAAAAAACAAAGUAAGGAUCCUCUAAAACAUCUGCUAAAGCAAGUUAACGCCCAGAAAGAAAGAAAAAAAG